AUGGAUCUCAUCCAGCCUCUGACAGCGACCAUGGUGACACUGCAGAACCUCAUGGAACCAUGGGAACUGGAGAAGAGAGCAAGGCUACAAGAUAAGAUACAGAAGCAAGAAUGUGCAAACAGUGUGAAAGAACAAGGCCCCUUCGAGAUAAGGGGGAUUCUUCAGACCCCUGAGCCAGAAAAACUGGUAUCAAGAGUCAUCUGUGUCCAAGUUGACCGGGAGGACAAAACCAGGUCCAUCAUCCUCUCCAGGCACAUCAGGCUGCACUACGGGACCCUCCUGGGCAGCAGAGCUUGUGCCCACAUGGCAGCAGCUGCCUGGGCCAGUGCCUUUCUCUAUUCCCUGCUGCACACAGCCAAUACAUUUUCCCUGCCGCUGUGCCAUGGCAAUGCCCUGGGCCAGUUCUUCUGUGAAAUCCCCCAGAUCCUCAAACUCUCCUGUUCACACUCCUACCUCAGGGAACUUGGGCUCAUUGCUGUUAGUGCUUUUCCUUUCUUUGGUUGUUUUGUGUUCAUUGUUUUCUCCUAUGUGCAGAUCUUCAGGGCUGUGCUGAGGAUCCCCUCUGAGCAGGGAAGGCACAAAGCCUUUUCCACCUGCCUCCCUCACCUGGCUGUGUUCUCCCUGUUUAUUAGCACUGGGGUUUUUGCCUACCUGAAGCCCCCCUCCAUCUCCUCCCCAUCCCUGGAUCUGUCCCUGUCAGUUCUGUACUCAGUGGUGCCUCCAGCCUUGAACCCCCUCAUCUACAGCCUGAGAUCCCGAAGUGCCCCCUCUCCAUCCUCUCAGAAGCACCCCAAAGCGACUCCGGAUUCCCUGAAUGCUCCCAGCCCCACAGAUUCCCGUUACAAUCACUUUUGUGAAUUCAUCGGUCACCUCCCGCGGCCCCGCAGCACCUCAUAA